AUGGAGAGCAGCAACAGCAGCAACAGCAGCAGCAAGAAUAACGAACCCAGCCACGAACUACGACAACUGGAUGAACUGAUUGGACAACUAUCGAUCGAACAACUCAAACAAGAAGAACAACCACAAGAACAAGAACAAGAACAACAAGAACCAGAACCAACUCAACCAGAAGUAGUAGUAGUAGUAGGAGUACCAGAAGCAGAAGCAGCAGUAAAAGAAGAACAAGACAUCAUACUCAACUCACCGACUCAAGAAGAAGAAGAAGAAGAACAAGCAACACUAGUAGAAGAGAAAGAAGAGGAACAUGGACCGUCUCAGUUGGAUAGCUUAUUAGAAGAAUUCAAUCAAUCAACUGAAUGGACUCAACCAUCCUCAUUCUACAAACUCACCAACAGAUCAACACCAACACUCUCAAAGAGCUCGAUCCAAGCAACACUACCACCACCACUACCCACUUCAGACGACCUAGGAUUAGAGAAACUCAAACUAACUCACGACUCAUUCACACCACCAACAACAACAACAGCAACAACAACCAAACCAUUGGUCAUCCACCAUCAACCUAAGCUAGAACAACCCAGGCUCGAACAGGCUAGAUCAAGCUCACUACUACUCCUACCAGCUCAUCAGCUUCUAAACGAACAAACUGUUACCACACCAACUUCACUCGAAUCCAAGACAGACUCUGAUGGAAUCGGACAUGCCUAUCUACCCAACGAACACGAACAACAAGCACAACAGCAACAGCAACAGCAACAGCAACAGCAACAGCAACAACAACAACACCCCCACCAGAUUCACUAUCACCAUCCAACUUAUCACCACCACCAUCACCCUCAUCCACACCAUCAGUCCUACCCUCAAACCAACCAACAGCACUAUCCCACCCACCAUCUCAUCCAACGUCAAAAUCAUCCUUCCAUCUCCUCACUCAACUCUGCCUACAACAACUAUCCAUCCUCAUCCGCCUCAUCAACCCUCUCUCCACCAAACGGCCCGCUCACUCCAACCAACCAAGCCCACACAAUCAGGCAGUACUAUCCAGAUCAUCAUCCCGGAUUAGCUACCACCUCCAAUAUGCAACAGCAGCCAGGCUACGGUCCUCUGAGCUAUAGCAUCGGCCCUUCUGGUUACCGAGAUAACAACACUUAUCUGCCUCCUAACAACAACACCAACAACAAUAACAACAAUAACAACAACCAUAUCCUCUCUCAAUCUCACAGUCGACCAGCAGUACCCUCAAAUCCCACCCAAGCUGGAUUUGGACCAUCACUUCAACCUACCCCCUCACCCGCAUCAAGUAUCCAUCAAGUCGGCCUCACUCGCUCUGGAACCUCGCUCUCCAAUACCUCCUCACGCUCCAACAUGCUCAUCGCACCUGCCAACAACAACCACAUCCACCACCACCACCCUCCUGGCCGUCCACCGGCACUACUACCCCCAAAGACCGGACCGACGAUCUCAAAGGCAUCGAUCGACGAGUAUCGGAAUCGGAUCAAGUCUGACCCUGACCCGGAGGCCCACUUCAACUACGCCAAGUUCCUCAUCGAGGCCGCCCGGAAGCUGGCCUCCGGUGGUGCCGCUGGGGAUGACAAGGCGAUCAAAAAGUAUCGGGAUGCGCUGCUACAGGAGAGUCUCAAGCUGAUCAAGAAACUGGCCACCCAGGGCGUCGGACUGGGCAAGCCUCCCUACAGCGAUGCCCAAUUCUUCCUGGCCAACUGUUUAGGUAACGGUAGUUUAGGACUCCAGGUGGACCACGAAAAGGCAUACAACCUCUACGUCCAAGCCUCCAAGCAGAACCAUCCAGCAGCGACUUAUCGGACGGCGGUGUGUAACGAGCUCGGGGCAGGGACCCGGAAGGACGCACAGCGGGCAGUACUCUUCUACCGCAAGGCUUCUGCCCUUGGGGAUACUGCUGGGAUGUACAAGCUGGGGAUGAUCCUGUUGGGCGGAAUACUCGGCCAGCCGAAGAAUCCGCAGGAGGCCCUUCUGUGGCUCAAGAGGGCUGCCCAACAGGCCGACGAGGAUAAUCCGCAUGCCCUGCACGAGCUGGCACAGAUCUAUGAGAAGCCGCCGUUGGUGACCAUCGGGCCCCCGGCAACACCUGCCGGAAAACAUUCCAGCUCGAGCAGCGCAGGUACCCCUCAGAUCUCAUAUCUGGUCCAACGGGACGAGGCGUAUGCCCGGGAGCUGUACACUCAAGCGGCCCAACUGGGCUAUCCAGCCUCGCAGAACCGACUAGGUGCAUGUUACGAGUACGGGGCCUUAAGCUGUCCGGUGGAUCCGCGUCGGUCGAUUGGCUGGUACACUAAGGCCGCCGAGCGGGGGGACGCCGAGUCCGAACUCGCACUCUCCGGCUGGUACCUCACCGGCUCCGAGGGCGUCCUCAAACAGUCCGACUCGGAGGCCUAUCUGUGGGCCCGAAGAGCCGCCUCUAAAGGACUCCCCAAGGCCGAAUACGCCGUCGGUUAUUACGCCGAGGUCGGGAUCGGCGUCAAACAGGAUAUCGAAGAGGCUAAACGAUGGUAUAUGAGGGCCGCUACCAAUAAAAAUAAGAGAGCCAUGCAACGGUUGACCGAGCUUAAGAAAAUGGGAUCUCAAAAGCCUGCUAAACGACAAGCUAGACCGACGAGAGAUCAAGCGGCUUCGGAAUGUACGAUUGUCUAGUCCACCUUUAUCUAUCCCGAAUCCGAACCAAAAAAAACAAAAACGAAAACGAAAAAAAAGAAAAGAAAAAAGAUUGUAUAUGAAGAUAGGUUGAUAAGAACGACACCAGCUGGUGGAGGUGAUCAGGAAAGAAGACGCGGGAAAUGGGGACGGAUGAAGGAAUUGGUGUUCUUCAACCACUAUCUAUCUCUAUAUAUAUAUGAAUGAUUUCAUGAAGAGGGGAUCGGCUGGGCUUAUUUCAUCCUCUCAAAGAGAACUUGAUUGGAUUCUCAAGAAAAAAAGAAAAACAAUUCAAAUCCUCUUUUUUCAUUUUUCAUUUUUCAUUUUUUUUUUUUUUUUUUUUUUUUUUUUGAGUUAU